GUGAUGUCAGGGGAGAGAGGUGGAGCAGUCGCAGGCAGGAGUAGGAGGGAGAGAUCUGACAGUUUAGCAGUGGUAUUGGGAGAUUAGUGCUCAGUCAGUACUAAGACACCGUAAUAAGUCUCCAGCCCUGGUUUCUAUGAGCUCUCCUUAACAAACGACAUACACACUAGCAUGGAAAACAAGCGACAGCCAGAUCUGUUGGACACUCAGCCACUCCAGGAAACAGAGGAGGAAUUGGCAACUGAUAUUGACUUCACAGAAAUAAUAUCUGAGGAGGAGAAAGAAGAACUAAAGAAUGAGUUGGCCAAGCUGGAAGACGAAAUUGUAACGCUACGUCAAGUGUUAGCUGCUAAAGAGAAGCACCUGGCAGAGAUAAAGCAUAAGCUUGGCGUCAGCAUGAUGAACGAGCUGAAGCAGAACUUCAGUCGCAGCUGGCAUGAUGUACAGACUCACUCUGCGUACAAGAAAACACAAGAAACAUUAAGCCAAGCUGGAAUAAAAGCCACUGCUGCAAUAACAAAUGUGGGAAGUGUUAUAGGCAAGAAGUUUGGAGAUAUGAGAUCACAUUCUAUUAGCUAUUCUAUCCGCCACUCUAUGAGUAUGCCAGCCAUGAGGAAUACUCCUACAUUUAAGUCCUUUGAGGAGCGUGUUGAGAACACAGUCACCUCUCUGAAGGCUAAAGUAGGAGCUACAAAUCAAACCCAAGGAAGUUUUGAAGAAGUUCUGAGUUCAACUGCCCAUGCCAGUGCCCAGAGCUCACUGGCUGGCAGCCAUUUGCCCGAAGCAGAAGAAGAGCUACAGUGAUAUGACUUACUGGAACGGAAUAGAUGCUCCGUCAUAACACACUGCCUCACAGAGUAACAUCUCUUGAAAUGGUUUACCAUGCCAGACAGCAAAUGUGUACCGUUUAUGUUUUACUCUAAUGUGAUGUAUGCUUUUUUUCUUUCUCUUUUUUAAUUUUGAAACAAAUUACUUUGUAAAACAUUUGAGCAUUGCUUCUGAAAUAACCCAGGUGUCAGGAACCUAAGAGUUUCCUGAACCACAAGUCUAAUCAUUAUCAAAGCUAGGAUGUCAAAGUCUCCCAAGUCCCGACAUGAAGAUAAGAAUCCAAUGUGUUCACAUUAUGGAAUGCACUCCUCUGGCUUAGGAAAGAAUCACUAGUUCAGCUGCAGUACAUAGAGUAUCCUAGCCCUACAUAAAACUAGUUGUUUUAGUGCAGAUUAUGUUGGAUUGAUGUGGGCCUUAUAUUAAUUAGAAUGGUUCAUAUCAAGUCAAAAAAAUGUGACAUCCCGAACUGUACUAAUGUCAGUUUUUCUCUUUUACCUUGUGCUUUUAUAGUCUGAUAUACAUCUUGCCAGAACUGUGAGAAACCCUACUGUAAAUCAUAAUGUCUAAGUGACAGGCUGCACAAUAUGCCUUUUGUCAAAAUGUAAUGUUAUGCAAGAGUGUGUCCCUAUUUACACAUGCUGUAGGAUACAGGACAACUUAGAUCCAUAACUGUAAAACCUAGAUACCAGUAGAACAUGAAUGUGAGUUUGCACUAUGUGCAUCAGUUUGUCACUUGGGGUGUUCCAGCGCCACUAUAUGACAGAUGAUUAUAAACAGUUUAUUGUAACAAA